GCAAAAGAAAAAUCAUGAGCAUUUUCUUUCUUAUUGACCAAAGGAAGGGGAAAGUCAGAAGCCUCGUGGGGGUCGAGUCGUUUCUUGCACAUCCUGCGGUUUGCUGUUUCGGGAAGCCCUAUGCCCUCCGUUCUGUAGCAUUCAAAGUUCGCGAAUACACGGUUGAGUUUGUGCUCGCAUGUCGCGCUCGAAGGUGCUCUUGCUCACCAAGCCCUUUGAUGUCUACCGCUCCAGGCUACAGGCGAACUCUCUCCCCUCCAUUUCGCCUUCCCCUGUUCAUCAGGUUUUAAGCAACCUAGAGAAUAGGAAGCAAGUUCACAAUAAGACGAUAAAACUAUGUGAGGGCGUCUUGAAACAUAAAUCACUUGAGUGGGAGACUAUCAUGCGUAAUGAACUAUCUGGACCCAUUCAUCAUUUUGAUCUUGUUGUGACAGUUGGUGGGGAUGGCACGCUUUUGCGGGCUAGUCAUUAUAUGGAUGACUCAAUACCUGUUUUAGGCGUUAAUUCAGACCCUACACAACCUGAGGAGGUUGAGGAGAAGAAUGAUGAGUUUGAUGCUACGAGAAGCACUGGCUAUUUGUGUGCAGCAACAGCUGAGAGCUUUGAACAGGUUUUAACAGAUAUUCUUGAUAAUACACGGAAACCAUCCGAGUUAUCACGAAUCGCAGUCACUGUCAACAACCGGCCGCUGCCAACACAUGCACUGAAUGAUAUACUUAUAGCACAUCCUUGUCCAGCAGCAGUGUCUAGGUUCUCAUUCAGAAUAAGAGAUUCUGAAACAUACUCCACCCCCGUAAACAGCCGGUCGAGUGGGCUUCGAGUCUGCACUGCUGCUGGUUCAACAGCUGCCAUGCUAUCAGCAGGGGGUUUCCCGAUGCCAAUUUCAAGUAAAGACCUCCAGUAUAUGGUAAGGGAGCCCAUAUUACCUGGUGCAUCAGCUCAUCUGAUGCAUGGAUCGGUCAAAUCCAGUAAUUCCAUGCAUAUCUUCUGGAGCUGCAAAGGUUACAUCUAUAUUGAUGGUUGUCAUGCGUUUCACCCAGUUGUACAGGGGGAUGCCAUUGAAGUAUCUGCCAAGGCCCCAAUUUUGAAAGUGUUUUUGCCUUCACAUCUAUUGUGUACAUAAAUCUGUGAAUCCUUUUUGUUUAUUUUAAAUUAUAAGUGCAGUUUUGC